AUGUCGACCUUCAAGGGCGUAAUGGAAGGGUUUGAGGAUAUCAGAGUUGACUACUUCCGCCCUGCUGCGGGCCUUGCACCUCCCCGUGCCUGCUUUCUAAGUCACGUGCACAGCGACCAUCUGGCGGGUCUUGAUUCGAAGCACUGGAAGACUUCCUUUAUCUACUGUUCACCAGCUACCCGGGAGAUCCUCCUGCGACUUGAGCGGAGAGUGGACCGCGUAGGCUUCGAGAUGAAGACCUUGGCGGCGCGAAAGGUGCAAUACGGACAUCUGGAGAAACUCCUGAAGCCGAUUCCGCUCGGGACUCCCACCCAGAUUGAGCUGAAGCCUGGUGUCACACUGCAAGUCACGCUGUUUGAUGCAAACCACUGCGCUGGUGCGGUUAUGUUCUUAUUUGAGAUGGACAAUCUAGCGGUUCUGUACACUGGAGACAUCAGAUCAGAGCCCUGGCAUGUCUCCUCUCUCGCCCGGAAUCCACUCUUGCUUGAGUAUACAUCAGGCAUCAAGACCCUAGACUGCAUCUACCUUGACACCAGCCGUACAGACCAGUCCAUCUUCCCUCCCAAGGCCGACGGGCUGAGGGAGCUCUUGCAGAAAGUGUUGCAGUACCCUGCGGAUACCAUCUUCCACCUUUCAGCAUGGACUUAUGGAUAUGAAGAGGUGUGGAUGGCACUAUCAAAGGCACUCAAAUCCCAGAUCCAUGUUAACAAGUACACGUACCGAAUUUUUGAAUCGCUACGAGGGGCGAAAGAGGACAAGAAGAGACCACCCACCGAGUUGAUGAUACAAGAAGGACCUACCUUCGCCGGCUACACCUGUGGGAACAAUUUCCAACCCGGCUGUCUUACCACUGACCCCAAUGUUCGCUUACACUCAUGCGAGAAGGGUAUGAAAUGCCCAACGCUGGGCUCCAAGACCGUGUGGAUUACGCCCAUUGUCAGAUGGAAGGAUGAUGCAGCGGAGGUGCCAGAGCCCGAACCUGCCGUCAUCCAGUCUGGUAACGAUCUCAGCGGAAGUCCUCAGAUCGAGUUCGAUGAUAACGUUACGAUAGACCAGCUCAUGCUAUUGUUUCCAGAUGCAGAUCCAUUGAUCAAGAGAGAAGUGAGACGAUUUCUCGUUGCCGCCCUCGAAUCACCUGGCCGAGCUUUAUUCCUGAGUGACUUGGGGCUGGGUGACGAACAGGAGGAGAUCUCCCUCGACCAACUUGGGAGGGCGAUUGUGCGAUCUGUGACCGAAAAACAGCAAAACGCCAGUACUCGCGAGGAUGGGCAGGAUGGCCAGUCUCUACCUCGGACCGUUAACUUCCCUUACUCCAGGCACUCGUCUUACCCGGAAUUAUGUGAACUUCUGAAAAUCUUCACGCCAAAAGAUGUCUGGCCGUGUACUGAGAAUCCGCUCAGCUGGCAUGAAGAUAGUCUCAGCAUCAGGGGACUCUUUGGCUGUUAUUGCUCGGCACAGAUUUUCCGCUAUGAUGCGGAGAUGAAGAAGGCUGUCGCUGAAGCUGAAGCUAGAGACCGGUAUACGAUCCAACAGACUCAGACGACAGAAAGCUCGCAACGAUCGCUCGAUCCACCUGGUAGCAGUUCACCUUGUCGUCGAAAUAGCGAUGCCGAAGGAGCUUUGCACGUCAGCCCUCGCGCUGCUAUGGGAAAGACAAAUAGAAUACACCCUGUUCUCGGGUCUGCAACUGAUAGCUUGGGAUCAAGUAAAAACCCCGUCGAGAUUGACGAGUCUCCGCCUACACGCAAGAAUUCGACUUUGGUGAGGUUGCAACGGGAUCAGGGAGGGAAGCUAAGACCUUACAACGAGAACGGCAACGAGGUACGAUUAUCACGGAAGGUUAUACCACGAGAUAGAUCUGCUGGACCAGAAAGUCUCCGUCGCAAAGAGGCUCCCGUUACGCUUGAACAGAACAGCGCAAAGCGUUCACGGCCUACGCCAGGGGCACCGCAAUGUUCCCCCAGAGAUAGGGACCAAAGCUGUGAUGAACAGUUGCCGUUGGUCAUAUCAAAUGAUCAAGCAGAAGAACUUCGCCGCCAGCACGGUACGCCCGCCCCUGACUCGGCUGGCAAUGACCAUGCGAAUACUUCUGGCUCCGGAACAGACGGUGAGCAAUCUGAUGGCGUAGAGCCAACAACAUACCAUGACGCUAUCGAUGAGAUUUUCCGCUGCAUUUCUUGUGGUCACGAGGUCUGGGGAGGGGAGGAGGGCUACUGCAUGGGUUGUGAGACCGGAGAAGACAGUCUUCCAUAUUUCGAAGACGCCCAGGAAGGGCCUUUACCGCAAAUCGCUCUGGAUGCAUACACCGACGACCUUAUCGUUGAGCACGAGGACGUCCAAGCUAUAGUUGGUGCAUGCCUCGACUAUGACUCCUCGGCGUAUGAUUCUCAAGACUCGGGCGACAAGGAUUUCAACGAGGAUUACGAAGAGAACAGCAUGAUAGACAAUGCUGAAACCCCGGAGCCCGAGUCCGAAGACGAGCCGUCGUCAAGCAGCGCCGAUGUUGACUGGGAAGCAAAGUUCCGAGAACUUCAAGCUCAACAUAGCCUUCUGGAGAUCAAAGUUGUGGAACUCCACGGCGAGCUUCGGAGAGUCGCGGUUGGCAGCGAGGACUUUGAAGACAGCGAGGUGUUUGAGGAUGAUGUGGAUGAGGAUGGCAUACUGAUGGUUGAAGCGGCUGCUCCCGAACCGACUGUGACGGAGAUUGUGCUGUCACAGGCGAGAGGGCAGUCUCAGGAGUCGGAGAUCUCGGAAUACCGUAUCCUCAGCCGUGCUGAGGCCUUUGAGGCGGCGAGGAGUGGUGGUUGGCAUGAUGUUUCGACCGGUCUGGCUUCCGUCUCCGGUCAUCACCAGGAGGAGGAGGUUGAGUUGUGA